GCGUUCAGUAUGGAACCGUUAAUGUGGCGUCCAUUUUUAUUGCUAGAUCUUCCACAAGAAUAUGACGUGCUAUUUGCGAGGUAUUUUCAACGACCAUGUAUCAGCUGUGCGAAAGUGCCUCAAUUUCCAUUUGUUUGUCUUCUCUGCUCGAAAUUGGUGUGCUUGGAUUCUUGUUGCAACAUCACCAAUCUUGAGGGCUAUGAAGGAAAUUUGUCUUCAAAUGAAGUUGAAAGGCAUGCUAUGGACUGUGGUAGAGAGGCGUGUUGCUUCUUGGCACUGAAUUCGUCGCUGAUUGUUAUUGUUCGUCUAGGAUUGGCCGCUAUCUGGGGAUCCGUUUAUUUGGACGCUCAUGGUGAAGAGGAUAGAAAUUUAAGAAGAGGGAAGCCACUUUUUCUCUCCACAAAGCGAGUUGACUGUCUUCGAAGUGACUGGGCGGAACAAGAAUGGGAGAUGGCGGGAGUCGCUUGGAUGACGGUAGAUGCUAUUCAGCAACAACUAAAAGAUGCCCAUCUAUAUCGCUGA